GAAAGAGGAAGGGAGAGGGGAGGGCGAGCAGGCGAGGCCCGACUACAGGUGUGAGCCCGUGAGGCAGCCCGGCAGGGCGACGAGCCUCAGUGACGGUGGAGCUGUGGCCGGAGGAGUACGUGGCAACUGGGCUCCCGGCGCUAUCAAGCUGCCUUCAGUAGCCUGCGGCAUCUUAUACACGCGCGCGGUCUUUGCUCUCUCAGUUCCAUUAGACAAAAAGGAAUCUCCCAGAAAGAGUACAGACAGACAGACCUCGCGGACCUUCCUUCCCUCGCUCUAGUUGCGAUUAAUGCCGGUGAUGUUAAAAGGAAGAUUGUUUUUAGUGCGAGGUCAACUUGUCUCGGCCUGACAGUAAUUUGGCGGCGUGUGAUAGAUGGAUUUCUCGUAAACGCCUCACAGUCUUCAAGUGAUGGGGCGUGUGGUAGUGGUGGUGGUGGUGGCGGCGGCAACGGCAGCAGCGGGGUGUCGAGCGAGCCCCCUGCCAGUAAGGGUGUCGCCUGACGCCGCCCCGCAGGAGAGGCUGCAAGCCGCCCACACACUCCUCGCCACCUCUCCGCUCAUCGAUGGGCACAAUGACUUGGCCUGGAACGUGCGUAAGUUUCUGCACAACAAGCUGCACUCCUUCAAUCUGUCCAGCGACUUAACGAAGGAGAAACCAUGGAGGAACUCCCGCUUCUCCCACACUGACCUACCGCGCCUCAGGAAGGGCCAGGUGGCUGCCCAGUUCUGGUCGGUGUACGUGCCGUGCGGGGCGCAGUACCUCAACACGGUGCAGCUGCUGCUGGAGCAGGUGGACACGGUGCGCAGGAUGGUGGCCGCCAGCCCCCAUGACACCGUGCUCGUGCGCUCCUCCUCAGAGAUCCUGGAGGAGUUCCGUCGCGGGCGUGUGGCGAGCCUGAUGGGCGUGGAGGGCGGGCACGGCCUGGCCAGCAGCAUGGGCGUGGUGCGGGCGCUCUAUGACCUCGGUGUGCGGUACGUCACGCUCACCCCACAAGUGCCACACGCCAUGCGGCUCUCGGGGGGCGGGAAGCGAACAGAAACAGGCGGACAAUUGGGGCAGGCGGUGACUGUGACAGAAGUGGUGGUGAUGGGGGCUGAGUGCUCGGAGCCUGACCCACACCUGCCCAACACGCGCGGCCUCACGCCCUACGGCAAGGAGCUAGUGCGGGAGAUGAACCGCCUGGGACUGAUGGUGGACCUGUCACACGCCUCGGCCAGAACGGCGCGGGACGUGCUCGCCACCACCCGCGCCCCAGUCAUCUUCUCCCACUCGGCGGCACGCGCACUCUGCGGCAUCGAAAGGAACGUCCCUGACGAUGUGCUCAGCUCUCUGGCGGAGAACGGGGGGAUUGUGAUGAUCAGCUUCUACAACGACUUCCUGACUUGCAGCGAGAAAGCCUCCGUGCAGGACGUGGUAGCUCACAUCAACCAUGUCCGCAGCAUGGCCGGCGUGGACUACGUGGGGCUGGGCGCGGGUUAUGAUGGCAUCAACAGGACUCCAAGCGGGUUAGAGGACGCUUCGCGCUACCCGAAGCUGUUUGCGGAGCUGCUCAAGGAUACCACGUGGUCUGUGCAAGAUCUCAAGAAGUUAGCAGGACUUAACUUCCUGCGAGUGUUUGCCCGAGUGGAGCAGGUGCGGGAGGAGCUGUCAUCGGAGCGUCCCUCGGAGGAGAUCAUUCCCAUCCACGACAUUGACAGCCGCUGGCCCUGUAGGUACAAGUUCGCCAGUCUCGAUGACGCCCGCACCUGACCUUCUUCGCCCCCGCCCGGAGGCUUCAGGCCCCUACAGGACUCCCUCACCACCACCAAGAGUCGCCAGCCCAAUCUCUCACUCUCACCGCCCUCUUCGCUGCAUGCCAUUCAUUUCUCUCCACACCGUCAGCCACAACUCCCCAGCAGCAUCAUGGAGUCUUCUCCUUUGAUCCACUCAUUCCUUUCGUCUUCUCCAGUGCACCUCUGUUGCUAAUUUCCUUGUUUCAGCCUUCACUCCUUCACUCAUGCUUCAUCCACGUGGUCUAUCACCUUGUCUGCUACUGCUGACCCCUCUAUUCCUCCCCCACUCGUCUGUGUCCUUUCUCGUUUAUUCCAUUUCAUCUUUUUUUUUCUCUAAUCUCAUCUCACCUCUUCCCAUCUCGGUUGUGUCUCCCUUCCCUGCAGUGUCAUUGAUUUAUAUCACUAUUAGGAGCACUACGUAUGUCCGCUUGAUUGUCACACGUUUUCUCAGCAAUAAUGACCCAAGUGUGGAUGGAAUAAACACCGUUCAGAGCGAU